UCUGUCGUUUGUAUCUGAACUAUUUAUCAGUUUUUCCGAAACUGUGUCUGCUUUCAACUCUCUAGUUGCACAUAACAUAACAGUAACACAUUCUUUUCUCUCGUUUUUGUUAUUGGAAUCUCGUUCACUUCAGGAUUCUUUACCCUUUUGAUUCCUCCCCACUUCUGAGUUUCACUUUGGUGUCUUUAGCAACGCUUCCACGAAACACGUAGCCAACUGCCUUCAGUUAAUUCAGCUUUUUUUCUUCUAGUGUGUGAAUUGGUAUGUAAAUGGAUUGGAUGAUCAAUAGGGAAUUAUAGCACAGAAGAGGAACGAGGAGAGAUGAAAGAGGAGUCAACUGGACUUAUCAUUGGGAUUUCCAUAGGUGUUGUGAUUGGAGUUGGUUUGGCAAUUUCGGCAUUGUUCUGUCUUAGAUAUCACCGGAAGCGGUCGCAGAUUGGCAAUAGCAGUUCCCGGAGGGCACAUACCAUACCUAUCCGUGAAAAUGGUGUUGAUUCUUGCAAUAUUCUAUCAGACUCAACCUUAGGUCCAGAAUCACCUGUGAGGUCUGGACGAAAUGGCAUGUCCUUAUGGCUUGAUGGCUUCAAGAAGAGUAGUAACAUGGUGUCAGCAUCUGGAAUACCAGAAUAUUCAUACAAGGAUUUGCAAAAGGCAACAUAUAAUUUUACAACACUCAUAGGACAAGGCGCAUUUGGUCCUGUAUAUAAAGCUCAGAUGUCUACUGGCGAGACUGUUGCAGUUAAAGUUCUUGCAACUAAUUCUAAGCAAGGGGAGAAAGAAUUUCAGACAGAGGUUAUGUUGUUGGGAAGGUUACAUCAUAGAAAUCUGGUCAAUUUGGUCGGGUAUUGUGCAGAAAAGGGGCAACAUAUGCUUGUAUAUGUCUACAUGAGUAAAGGAAGCUUGGCUUCCCACUUGUAUAGUGAAGAGAAUGGAGCUCUGGGCUGGGAUUUGAGGGUUCAUAUAGCUUUAGACGUAGCAAGAGGCAUAGAGUAUCUUCACGACGGGGCAGUUCCUCCUGUAAUCCAUCGAGAUAUCAAAUCUUCUAACAUUCUCUUGGACCAGUCCAUGCGAGCCAGGGUCGCCGAUUUUGGACUCUCAAGAGAAGAGAUGGUGGAUAAACAUGCUGCAAUUCGGGGUACCUUUGGCUAUCUUGACCCUGAGUAUAUAUCUUCAGGGACAUUCACCAAGAAAAGUGAUGUAUACAGUUUUGGGGUCUUGCUCUUUGAGCUCAUAGCUGGCCGAAAUCCUCAGCAAGGUCUUAUGGAGUAUGUUGAGCUUGCAGCAAUGAACACCGAGGGAAAAGUUGGUUGGGAGGAGAUAGUUGAUUCUCGGCUCGAGGGAAAAUGUGAUUUUCAAGAGCUGAAUCAAGUGGCAGCACUUGCCUACAAAUGCAUCAACCGUGCCCCGAAGAAACGCCCUUCAAUGAGGGACAUAGUGCAAGUGUUUACACGGAUCCUCAAAUCAAGGUACCAAAGGAAUCAUCAUCACAAAAAGUCUCUCUCAGCCACAGUUGAUGAAGUUUCCAUUGAUGUUGAUCAGCUAGAAACCAAGAGUUCUGUCACUGAUCACAGAAGAGAAGAAUCUAUAGAUAGUACAGCUGACAUUUAUGAUUUGUAGAAUAAGGUUUUGCAUUUAGCUAAGUUCUUUUGGUUACAUUGAAUUUUUGGUUUUUGCCUUUGGAUUUGAUGAUGAUGCCCGCCAUCAUCUUCUGUAGUUGUGUUAACAUGUUCUUUUGUUGUUUUAUUUUUUUUUCUCAUUUGUUUUUUGUUUAUUUAUCUUACCUAGUUCUGUCGUCUCGCAGAAAUGACACAACAAAAUUUGUAUAUUAAUACUUUCAAGAAUUAAUUUGAAGUGUCAAAAGAGAAAGUCAUCUAUUUUCA